AAGCAGGCCUCCGCAAUGGUUAGCGUCCUGCCAGAAUUCAAAAUUUAAUUAAAUUAGUUAUUAGAGCAGAAGAAAAUUUGUUUUAUGUAUUAAGAAAAGUGCAUUCAAUCGUGUAAAAUGUUGGUUCUAUUUGAAACAUCGGCGGGUUAUGCCAUUUUCAAGUUACUAGAUGAAUCCAAGCUGUCACAAAUUGAUGACUUGUAUCAAGAGUUUAACACUCCCGAAGGUGCUUCCUCUGUAGUAAAAUUAAAGAAUUUCAUCAAAUUUGAAGAUACCACUGAAGCAUUAGCUGCUACCACAGCAGCUAUAGAAGGAAAGCUUUCUAAAACCCUCAAGAAAGCUCUUAAGAAGUAUGUAUGUAAGGAGAUCCAGGAUCAACUACUGGUAGGAGAUGCCAAGCUCGGCAGUGCCAUAAAGGAAAAGUUUGAUUUACAAUGUGUCUCCAACAGCAAUGUGCAAGAACUGAUGAGAUGUAUCCGUUCACAAAUGGACAGCUUGCUCACAGGUCUGCCAAAAAAGGAGAUGACUGCCAUGGCCUUGGGUCUGGCCCAUUCCCUAUCGCGAUACAAGUUGAAAUUCUCCCCGGAUAAAAUAGACACAAUGAUAGUCCAAGCUCAAUGCCUCCUAGAUGAUUUGGACAAAGAACUAAAUAAUUACGUAAUGAGAUGUCGAGAAUGGUACGGCUGGCAUUUCCCUGAACUAGGUAAAAUUAUUACAGACAACACAUUAUUUGUCAAAAUAGUAAAACUUAUUGGAACUCGAGAUAAUGCCUCUAAGACUGAUCUAUCGGACAUUUUACCUGAAGAUUUGGAAGAAAAAGUUAAGGAAGCUGCAGAAAUAUCAAUGGGCACCGAGAUAUCGGAUGAUGAUAUCAUGAAUAUCCAGAACCUAUGUGACGAAAUUAUAUCAAUAACUGACUACAGAACACAUUUAACUGACUACCUUAAAGCCCGUAUGAUGGCCAUGGCUCCUAACCUAACUGUGUUGAUUGGAGAACAUAUUGGGGCGAGACUGAUAGCCCAUGCGGGUUCACUGAUGAAUUUAGCCAAACAUCCCGCAUCCACAAUCCAAAUAUUUGGUGCCGAGAAAGCUUUAUUCAGAGCUCUAAAAACUAAAAAGGACACCCCUAAGUAUGGUUUGAUAUAUCACGCCCAGCUGGUGGGUCAGUGCAGUACCAAGAACAAGGGCAAGAUGUCCCGUAUGCUGGCAGCCAAGGCAGCCCUCGUCACCAGAGUGGAUGCGUUUGGUGAUGAUGUAUCAUUUGAGCUUGGAGCAGAACACAAAGUUAAGUUAGAAAAUAAACUUAGGCUGUUGGAAGAAGGAAACCUGAGGAGGAUCAGUGGCACCGCCAAGGCUAAGGCGAAAUUCGAAAAAUAUCACAGUAAAACAGAGAAGUUCCAAUACCCUGUAGGUGCGGACAGCACACUUGGCAAGAAGACUAUCAAGAGAGAACAUUCUCCAGAAGAGGAUGAAGAGGUAGCAACAAAGAGGGUGAAGCUGGAAGAUGGUGCCGAAGAUGUGAAACCGAAAAAGAAGAUUAAGACGGAACCUCAAGAGGAAUCACAAGAUCAACUUGACAAUGGCAUAGACGGUGUCCCUGAAAAGAAAAAGAAGAAGAAGAAAAAGUCAAUGGAUGUUUCACAAGCGGAGGAAGCUGCAGCGGAAGUAGAGGAGUCACAAGCUCAGCCGGAGGAGCCCAAGAGUGAAAAGAAGAAAAAGAAAAAGAGACAAUCCCAAGUGGAAGAAGAAUAACUACCUCUGUUGUUUAUGUGAGUGUUUAAGUACAUGUUUAGGUUAAGUGAAAGUGUUCUCAC